CGGGAGGGAGAUGGCUUUUUUGUUAGUUGACGACUGGUCGUCUUUGUCUGGAGUAUUUUGAGACAUAUUCGUGAAGGACUCGCGCGGCGCCGAGGCAGACAGGCGGAACUUGAACGCAAUACACAGGUUGAGUUCUCAUCCGGACCGGUGGAGGCGCUUGACUAAGGAAACUACCGAAGAAGAGCCGACGUCAAAGAGGCAAAGAAGAAGAAACAGUGGCGUUCGCAAUGGCGGUGAUUUGGCUGCGAACAUAAACAGUCCAGCUUGCAAUUAGAUGCUGUCGUAAUUAUUGCAAUUAAUCUAUUGUCACGCCCGUCGCAGAAAGGACACACCCGUCUCUGUAUUCGUGUCGUUUGAAGGAGGCGCGUCAGGGUGGUGUUGGUGACCCACGGUGAGCAGGAACUGAGCGAGCAGCCGUCGGCUCGUUGCUGAGCUCUGUAGUAACGUUCAUUUCCUCGUUCACUGAUCCGUAACGAUGCCGCUGGGUUUGAAACCAUGCUGUGCUGUUUGCAAGACGAACUCUUCCUCGAUGUGGAAGAAAGGAAACCAGGGAGAGAUCCUGUGCAACAACUGCACCGGAAAGAGCUGCAGCGGCGGCGCAUCAGGACCCUCCAUGUCCUCCAUCACUCAGCCCAGCAAUUGCGGGGGGAAGCAGUCCAAGCAGGAGAUCCACAGGAGGUCUGCACGGCUGAGAAGCACCAAGUACAAAGCUCCUGCGUCUGAGAAGAAGGUGUCAACAAAAGGAAAGGGGAGAAGACACAUAUUCAAACUUAAAAAUCCAAUCAAAGCACCAGAAUCUGUUACAACAAUCAUCACAGCAGAAUCUGUAUUUUAUAAGGGUGUAUACUACCAGACAGGAGAUGUGAUCAAGGUAACCGAUGAGGAAGAUGGGAAGCCGUACUAUGCUCAGAUUCGAGGAUUCGUGCAGGACCAGUACUGUGAAAAGAGUGCUGCACUGACCUGGUUAAUCCCCACACAGGCCAGCCCAAAUGACCUGUUUGAUCCUGGGACAUACAUUGUUGGUCCAGAGGAGGAUCUGCCUAGAAAGAUGGAGUACCUGGAGUUUGUGUGUCACGCCCCCUCUGAGUAUUUCAAGUCGCGGAGCUCUCCGUUCCCCACCAUCCCCAUCCGACCAGAAAAAGGUUACAUCUGGACCCACAUAGGACCGACACCAGCCCCCACUGUUAAAGAGUCUGUCAGUGGCAGCAGUUAACACAGCUGUGAUAUGGACUUCAGUCUGUUGCUUUUAAACAGACGCAUGUACAUUUAUGUAAUAUAAUGAAAACCAAAAAAUGUUUCGCCACAGCCAUGCCUUCACAUACCAGUUGUAAUUGCGAUCGAGUUGUUUACAUUUUACUUUUUUCUGUAGUUAUAAACAAGAAAGCUCUUCUCCAUCAUCACUUUGUCUGUGAUUGUUUCAUAAAAUUGUAUUUAUUCAUUGAUUGUGUUGCUGUGGUGGCAAUAGUCUUUUACCUUGUUUUUUUUCCUUUUUGUGAAUUAAACUGUAAAUAUAA